AUGGCUGAAACCUCAGUCGGUGUCUACCUCUUUUCUCGCCUUGGCGAGCUAGGCAUCAAAAGCAUCUCUGGUGUUCCUGGUGACUAUGAGCUCGUUCUGCUUGAUAUGAUUCCUGAGGCAGGAUUGACUUGGCACGGCAAUGCGAACGAAUUGAUUGCCGGAUAUGCCGCCGACGGAUAUGCCCGUGUCAGCGGAGUUGCUGCGUUUGUAACUACAUAUGGCCCUGGAGAACUCUCGGCUUAUUGUGCAAUGGCUGGCCAAUACGCGGAAUAUGUCCCUGUGGUUCAUGUUGUGGGCUAUCCGUCCACCGUUGCCAUGAAUGGAAAGAUGAUUAUGCAUCACAGUCUUGGGGAUGGUAACUUCGGAAUGUACCAGAAGAUGGUCGAACAUAUUUCGGUUGCAUCAACCGUCCUCAUGGACGCCAAAUCAGCUGCUUCGGAGAUUGAUCGUGUUCUGAAUGCUAUGCUCUAUCAUUCGAGACCAGUAUAUAUUGGCGUUCCCGUAGAUAUUGGGCCCCAAAUGAUAUCUAGUGGGCCGCUGGAGUCAUCUCUCCAAGUCAUUCUCCCAAAGAAUAACCCUGAGUUCGAAGUAAAGGCAGUGGUGGAAAUCAUCCGUCGUCUUCAAUCUUCUAAGCAACCAGUCAUACUCGUUGAUGGGGUUGAUGAAUCCGAAGCGCUGAUUGAACUUCUCAAAAUACCAUACUUCGCUACUGCCAUGUCCAAGGGAUUUACCGAGAGAAUCGGAGACAGCGACCUUGUCAUAAUAAUCGGGCACUAUCCGAGCGAUUUCAACACGGGCGAAUUUACAACCAAUCUUCAAGAAGACAAAGUCAUUGACUUUCAGCGUCUGGCGCUCAGCAUUGCCGGACACCAAUAUGAUCUUGCAGCAAAACAUCUCCUCCCUCGGCUGAUCCACGAGCUUUCCAACCUUGGCUCGAUUGUUGUCGAAAGAAGCGUCACUUGGGACCCAUACCCUAACGAUUCAACCCCCAAACCCGAUAAAUUGACGCAAGACUAUCUCUGGGCGCAACUCGGCAAAUACUUCCAACCGGGUGACUUCGUUAUUGCAGAAACAGGUACUUCCAGCUACGGCAUCCCUGCGUCGAACUUGAUGAAUGUAAGCGACGUUCGUAUGUUCAAUCAGACCGUAUUUGGCAGCAUCGGCUAUGCCACUGGUGCCGCAUUGGGGGCAUUUAUCGCCGGAAAAGAAGACGGAUCCAUCAAACGCGGCAUCCUGGUCACUGGGGAAGGAUCACUUCAGUUGACUGUACAGACCUUCUCCGAUCUGCUUCGUCAUGGACUUAACACGACUGUAUUCCUUCUCAACAACGACGGCUACACAGUCGAGCGUUUGAUCCACGGCAUGGAGGCAUCGUAUAACCAGGUCCCGAUGUGGAACUACAGCAAGAUGUGUGAAACAUUUGGUCCUUCAUUCCCGGCAAGAUAUUACCGAGUCCAGACAGGCGAUGAGCUGCUUGAGCUUCUUGCGGACGCGCAAUUUGUAAAGGCCGAUUGCACACAGGUUGUUGAACUCAUCCUCCACAAGCAUGACGCUCCUAUGUCUGUUAAGCUGGCGAGCAAGGCAGUGGAGGAAUUCAAUAAGAGCAAGAAGUAA